GCGCGACGGGCCGGGGCGGCGGUGGGCGGCAGGGAGCCGUGUGUUCCGGGCCUUCCCGUCCCGCCGGGACCGCAGCUGCGCCUCUCCGGGCCGCGUCGCACGAUGGGCUCCCGCGCGGGCUGAGCCCCGCCGUGACGGGUACGCGGGGCCGGGGCACCGCGGGUGUCGCGAACGCUCGGUUACGGCUCGCUCCCUUCGGGCCUUUGCGGAAUAGGAAGGGACGAAAUAAGCAGCUGGUCGGGGCCGCGCUGCGAUUUUGUGGCCAAAGGUGUUAAUACAGCGUGUGGAAGUUCCUGAGCGGUCUGUGGUUCUGUUGCUUUAAUGUCGCUUUGUUCGCACUGAACUCUGAAAUAGAUUACGUGUCUCGUGAUUUGAGGAGGAAUGGGUGUUGCGAAGUGAGUUACCCAGAUCUGCCCCGCCUGGGUGAAGCUCUUGCGAUUGAACCAAGCAGCUCUUCUUCCAUCUUGGCUGUGCUGAGAAUCCCUUUAAAAAGACACUGUUGGAAAAGCUUUUGUGGGCUUUCCCUCUGGAGCGUGGGGGAAAUGGUGGCAUAGAAAUGAUGGACUUCUGAAGGCCCUGGGUCUCUCCAAGUGGAGGCAAAAGAAGACAGCUCAGGCCGCCAGAGCACUCCUUACUUCUAAAAAUGAGUGGUGGAUUGGCACCAAGCAAAAGCACAGUGUAUGUGUCCAAUUUACCCUUUGCUUUGACUAACAAUGAUCUGUACAGGAUAUUUUCAAAGUAUGGGAAAGUUGUCAAAGUUACCAUUAUGAAAGACAAAGACACCAGAAAGAGCAAAGGAGUUGCCUUUAUUUUGUUUUUGGAUAAAGAAUCUGCACAAAACUGUUCUCGGGCACUUAAUAACAAACAGUUGUUUGGAAGAGUAAUAAAAGCAAGUAUUGCCAUUGAUAAUGGAAGAGCAGCAGAAUUCAUUCGCAGGCGUAACUACUUUGAUAAGUCUAAGUGUUACGAAUGUGGGGAAGCAGGACACUUAAGUUAUGCUUGUCCUAAAAAUAUGCUAGGAGAGCGGGAACCACCAAAAAAAAAAGAAAAGAAGAAGAGAAAGAAAAUAGUGGAGCCAGAAGAAGUUGAGGAGGAAGAAGAAAGUGAAGAGGAAGGUGAAGACCCCGCUCUAGAUAGCCUCAGCCAAGCCAUAGCUUUUCAGCAAGCCAAAAUUGAGGAAGAACAACAAAGGUGGACACAGACUGCAGGGGAAUCUUCCAUUUCAGAUGAUUCAAAACGCCCACGGAUUAAGAAAAGUGCUUAUUUCAGUGAUGAGGAAGAACUUAGUGACUGAAAUAAUACUGUUCUAAAUGCAUAUAUCAGAUAUAUAUAGUGUACAUUUUGUAAAGUGCUACAAAGUGAUCUGUAAUACAGGUUUGUUUUGGUGUUGAAGACAAUGAAAAUCAUGGGGCUUUUUUAUUCUGUCCCCUGAUUCUCCCAUCUUUUUAUAUCUGUGUCUCAAAACCUUUUGUUUCAAGGCAACUUUUUAAGUAAAUGAUGUAAUUAUACACUUAAAUCCAGAAAAGUAUCUGUGAGAGUGUAUCUUGCAGUUAGUGUCUAGACCCAAGUCGUAGCAGUGAAAUGUUUCAUGAGAGAAUUUCCCAAGGCUUUUUUCCUAAGAGGAGUUCCUCUUAGGAUGACUGUUAACACCACUGAUGCUUUAUGUGUUGGUCUGUUUGGAAGCAGUGCUUUAGUAGUACUUCAGUAGAUUAUGAAACUUGCAUUAGUUCCUCUGCAUAGGACUGAAUUUCAGCUUUAGGUAUUGUAUUUUUACUCUUCAUGCAGUACUAUAAUAAAUUAUUGUUGCAUUAACACUC